AUGCCUAUAGAAGCCCUAUGUGAAGCAUAUAGCAAUGAUGAGGACAGAGCAGGAAAUCCUGCUUUUGAUGCCAUUCAGCAGGAUUUGCACAUCACGGUUGAAGAAAUCGCAGCAAGCUAUCUUUUGGGACCUCCCAACAUUCUCCUUGCGGUCAUGGGUAUUAGCCACACUAUAAUCUCCAGCUCUUAUGCUCUCCUUGUCUUCUUUCAUGGCACAUUUAUCCCUCAAGAUCUCAAUAUCUAUGUUCCUGUGCAGUGGAUGCAUAUCCUCAAGGCAUAUAUUGUGGAGAGAGGAUGGAAGGAGAAUGACGACCACAAAGACACAGCUUAUGACAUGGCCAGUGUUCUUCGAUGUUCUGCUCUUCAAGCCCUGUUCUUGCAUAUCCCACAAGCUCUGCCAUUCAACCUAUUGUAG